AAAGCCGCAAAACCGAUUUGGCGCAACGGGAAAGGCAUACCAAAAACAACAAACCGAACCAGCCCACCAAGAAAAGAAGAAAAAUUUCUCCCGAGAAUCAAACCAAUUGCCCACCACCACCCGUUUUCGCUCCCGACUAUCUUCUUCUUCUUCCCCAAAACUCUCGUCCCUUCUAUUUCCAUUUCAGCUGAUUCCAAUUCCGUAAUCAAACCAAUCGACCCGUGCACUUCCCCCUUUGCUUCUGUUGAUUGUUUCCUCUGGGUUUUGCAUUUACCUUGCUUUUUACUCCCCACUCAUGGGGUAGAUAGCGGACGGAGGUAACUGGGUUUCGAAGAUAUUGAUGGAGUGGGACAGCAGCAAUUCGGAUCUGAGCGGCGACGAGGAGGAGGAAGGCAGCUUCGGCAUCAGCGAUUGUGUCGGUCCAAUCCCUUUCCCCGUCGAGAGCUUGCUUCAAACCGCGCCCUGUGGGUUCGUGGUCACGGAUGCCCUUGAGCCUGACCACCCUAUCAUCUAUGUCAAUACCGUAUUCGAGAUGGUAACUGGGUAUCGAGCUGAGGAGGUGCUUGGCCGCAACUGCCGCUUCUUGCAAUGCAGAGGACCGUUCGCCAAAAGAAGGCAUCCAUUAGUCGACUCAUCCGUGAUCUCAGAAAUAAGGCGGUGCCUCGAUGAAGGCAUUGAAUUCCAAGGUGAGCUGUUGAACUUCAGAAAAGAUGGGUCACCCUUAAUGAACAGGUUGCGCCUCACUCCCAUAUAUGGUGAGGACGACAUAAUCACUCACGUCAUCGGGAUUCAGUUCUUCACCGAAGCAGCAAACAUUGACCUCGGCCCGGUACCUGGUUCUGUUAAGGUUUCAGCCAAACUUACUGACCGCCUUGGUUCUCGACUCUCCACCUACUGCCCAGCCGAUCGAUCUGUUUGCCGCAGUGGACUUUGUGGCAUGCUGCAGCUGAGUGAUGAGGUGAUAUCUCUGAAGAUUCUAUCUCGGUUGACUCCUCGAGACAUUGCGUCGGUUGGUUCGGUUUCUCGACGGUUCUAUGAGCUGACCAAGAAUGAGGACCUCUGGAGAAUGGUCUGCCAGAAUGCAUGGGGAUGCGAGACAACUCGGAUACUGGAAGCAGUUCCAGGCGCUAAAAGACUCGGGUGGGGUCGGCUUGCCCGAGAACUAACCACCCUUGAAGCAGCGGCAUGGAGAAAGGUUACCGUCGGUGGUUCUGUCGAGCCUUCACGCUGCAAUUUCAGUGCAUGCGCAGUGGGGAACCGGGUGGUCCUUUUCGGAGGGGAAGGUGUCAACAUGCAGCCAAUGAACGACACGUUCGUACUAGAUCUCAACGCCAGCAACCCGGAGUGGGAACAUGUCCACGUCAGCUCCCCACCACCUGGACGGUGGGGCCACACGAUAUCUUGCGUCGAUGGAUCUAAUCUAGUAGUCUUUGGAGGCUGCGGAAGGCAGGGUUUGCUCAAUGAUGUCUUCGUAUUGGAUUUGGAUGCCAAGCCACCAACUUGGCGGGAGAUCUCGGGGCUAGCUCCGCCGCUGCCACGAUCAUGGCACAGCUCAUGCACCCUUGAUGGCACAAAGCUGAUCGUCUCUGGUGGGUGUGCUGACUCGGGAGUUCUCCUUAGCGACACAUUUCUUUUAGACCUCUCGAUGGAGAAGCCCACUUGGAGAGAGAUACCAGCUGCGUGGACCCCGCCUUCUCGAUUGGGCCACACAUUGUCAGUCUAUGGAGGGAGGAAGAUACUGAUGUUCGGCGGGCUGGCAAAGAGUGGGCCCCUGAGGUUUCGUUCCAGCGAUGUGUUCACGAUGGAUUUGAGCGAGGAGGAGCCAUGUUGGAGAUGUGUGACAGGGAGUGGCAUGCCUGGGGCAGGGAACCCGGGAGGGGUGGCGCCCCCUCCUAGACUUGACCAUGUAGCAGUCAGUCUUCCCGGUGGGAGGAUCCUCAUCUUUGGAGGCUCGGUGGCGGGCCUUCAUUCAGCUUCCCAGCUCUAUCUGUUAGAUCCAACGGAGGAGAAACCAACAUGGAGGAUUCUGAAUGUGCCUGGACGGCCACCAAGGUUUGCAUGGGGGCAUAGUACUUGUGUGGUUGGAGGGACGAGGGCUAUAGUGCUCGGUGGUCAGACCGGGGAGGAAUGGAUGCUGAGUGAGUUGCAUGAACUAGCAUUAGCAAGUUCAGUGAUUUGAUUCGGACUACAGGAACCAUGUAUGUACAUGCAGGAACAAUUGAUCAAGUGAACAAGCUGUAUUAGCCAUAGUGUGUUGAAUACUCAGGAUUGCAGAAAAGGGUUCAAAGUUGAGGACUUAGGCAUCUGAAUUCAGUGAUAGUUCCUUGAUUGACAGAAGAAAAUAUGGUGUUGUGGCUAUCUAGUCACAAGGAAUAUUGUGUAAUGGAGAACAAAGGGUUUGUCUGGAAAUGAGUGCCCCAUGCAUUGUGUUGUAAGAAAGAGUUUGUGGGGUAUUUAAGUAAAUUCCAGGUCUGGGUUUAGGGAGGUUAGAGGGGAGGGGUUUGGGGUAGGGAGUGAUAGUUGUAUCAAUAUAUGUGUAGGAAGAAGAAAUGGAGGAAGUCUCUUCUUUUCGUUUUUGUUUUUGCUUUUGUUCUUACUCUUCUGCUGCUUCUAUGUUUAUGUAACCUCUGCCUCUUGGGUUCUCUUUUUUCUUUGUUUUUCUUCUUCCAGUUAGUAGUUCUUUGAUGUGGUCUCUGACCUGAUCAUCUGAACCAAAAGAAAACAAAAGGGUACGAAGAAAAACUGCAAAAGUGAAUGCCUUUAUACGAAGAAAUAACUUGCAGGCUCUAAUUUUGCUACUGCUGUUUACCUCUUGUGUCUUUGUAGCACGCUGCAGAUUGGAUUUUCUUCUAAAUUGAGGCAUGGAUCAGAUAUUGCACCUGUUGUUGUGAAUUGUGAUACAUAUUUGCAGAUAUAGAAUAUGAAUGUGCUGCAUACGAUGAGCUAUAUU